UCUUGUUACUGAAUUUAGUCCUGCACAUCAUUCUGUUGUCCGUGCAUUAGAUAAACUAGUGGACGAUGAACAGCUGGCUGAACUAGUUGCAGCACAUGGUGCAGUCAUUCCCCUUGUUGGCCUUCUUUACGGCAGAAACUAUUUAAUUCAUGAGGCUAUUUCUAGAGCUCUUGUUAAGUUGGGGAAAGACAGGCCUUCCUGUAAGAUGGAAAUGGUCAAGGCUGGGGUUAUCGAGAGUGUACUUGACAUUCUGCAUGAAGCACCAGACUUCCUCUGUGCUGCAUUUGCUGAAUUGCUCAGAAUACUGACAAAUAAUGCUACCAUUGCUAAGGGACCAUCUGCUGCAAAGGUGGUAGAGCCACUUUUUGUAUUGUUGACGAGACCAGAGUUUGGACCUGAUGGGCAGCACAGCACGCUGCAGGUCCUUGUGAAUAUCCUAGAGCAUCCGCAGUGCCGCGCUGAUUAUACCUUGACAUCUCACCAAGCUAUAGAACCUCUUAUUCCCUUACUUGAUUCUCUUGCUUCUGCUGUGCAACAACUGGCUGCUGAGCUUCUGUCUCACCUGCUUUUGGAAGAGCACCUGCAGAAGGACCCAGUUAUCCAUCAAGUGAUUGGUCCCUUGGUACGGGUCCUUGGUUCUGGUAUACCGAUUUUGCAGCAGAGAGCUGUGAAGGCCCUAGUCUGUCUUGCGCUGACUUGGCCAAAUGAAAUUGCAAAAGAAGGUGGCGUUGGUGAACUGUCUAGAGUGAUAUUGAAUGCUGACCCUUCACUCCCUCAUGCCUUGUGGGAGUCAGCUGCUGCAGUAUUAUCCAGCAUUCUGCAAUUUAGCUCUGAGUUUUAUCUGGAAGUACCUGUUGCAGUGUUGGUAAGAUUGCUUCGCUCUGGCUCUGAAGGCACAGUUCUUGGUGCAUUGAAUGCUCUCCUUGUGUUGGAGACUGAUGACUCCACCAGCGCUGGAGCUAUGGCUGAAAGUGGGGCGAUCGAGGCUCUCUUGGAACUUCUCAGAUGCCACCUUUGCGAGGAAACUGCUGCAAGACUCCUUGAGGUUUUGCUGAACAACGUGAAGAUCAGAGAAACAAAAGCCACCAAGUCAGCAAUUGUGCCCUUAUCGCAGUAUCUUUUGGAUCCCCAGACUCAAGGUCAACAAGCAAGGUUACUGGCAACUCUUGCUCUUGGUGACCUAUUCCAGAAUGAGGCUCUUGCUCGAAGCAGUGAUGCUGUUUCCGCUUGCCGGGCAUUGGUGAAUCUGCUUGAAGAUCAGCCUACUGAAGAAAUGAAAGUCGUCGCCAUUUGUGCCUUACAGAACCUUGUCAUGUAUAGCAGAUCAAAUAAGAGAGCAGUGGCAGAAGCUGGUGGUGUCCAGGUUGUGUUGGAUCUGAUUAGUUCAAGUGAUCCAGAGACAUCAGUACAGGCGUCAAUGUUCAUUAAACUUCUCUUUUCCAAUAAUACCAUUCAAGAGUAUGCUUCAAGUGAAACUGUCAGGGCUAUCACUGCUGCAAUUGAGAAAGAUUUAUGGGCAACGGGAACUGUAAAUGAGGAGUACCUCAAGGCUCUGAAUGCACUGUUUGGAAACUUUCCCCGUCUAAGGGCUACUGAACCUGCAACACUGAGUAUUCCACAUCUAGUGACAUCCCUGAAGACUGGUUCAGAGGCAACUCAAGAAGCUGCUUUGGAUGCACUGUUCCUUCUCCGACAAGCUUGGUCAGCAUGUCCUGCUGAAGUGUCUCGAGCACAAUCAAUUGCUGCUGCAGAUGCCAUUCCGUUGUUGCAGUAUCUGAUACAAUCAGGUCCCCCUCGGUUCCAAGAGAAGGCAGAAUUUCUAUUGCAAUGUUUGCCUGGGACUCUAGUGGUAAUAAUAAAGCGUGGCAACAACAUGAGACAAUCAGUUGGAAAUCCAAGCGUUUUUUGCAAGCUUACCCUUGGAAAUACUCCACCUCGCCAAACGAAGGUUGUUUCAACUGGUCCUAAUCCAGAGUUUGAUGAGAGCUUUUCAUGGUCCUUUGAAAGUCCUCCUAAAGGCCAGAAGCUCCAUAUUUCAUGCAAGAAUAAGAGCAAAAUGGGAAAGAGUUCAUUCGGGAAGGUCACAAUCCAGAUUGACCGUGUAGUUAUGCUGGGUGCAGUCGCUGGGGAGUACACUCUGUUGCCCGAGAGCAAAAGCGGACCCUCAAGGAACUUGGAAAUAGAAUUCCAAUGGUCUAAUAAUCUUACUCAAAAUGCAAAUUAAGGUAGAGGAACAAAUGUUUGGAACUUCUUUCUGUUUUCUGUUUCUUUCUUUCUUCCUGUUUAAUUAUAAGGUGAAUGUAUAUAGUGUCAAGUAUAGGUUUUACAACUCUUGAUCAUAUUUUAGUUUUGGAAAACGGCUAUUUGUCAAUGUAUUCUUUUGUAACUUGAGUCAUUUUAGUAUCUUUAAGGAGGGGACAUGGAUUCAUGGUUUCCUUCCUUUGUAUUUUUUGUAAUCAUAUUUGUUUGAUGAAAGAAAACAAUGUUUCUGGUUUGGGCUGUCUAGAGAAGUUUAUUGUAA